CGCACAGAACGCCGGUUAAAUUUUGCGAAAAUAUUGUGUAAUUUGUGUAGUUUUUCCAAAGUUGGUUACAACAUGAACCGAACUUCCUGGUGUUAAGUUGCAGUAAAAUGUGGACCAAGAUAGUUGGCUUCUCCCGAGCCAUACAUAUUACCGAUCGAAUUCCGCUGCUGCUCAGGACAUCUCGGAAUUGUAUAUCCCGUAGCUUUAACACGACCAAGUGGCUCAACACGGACGACAUUGCCUACGACCAGAUACCGGUGAGUCGAAUCCGAAAUUUCAGUAUAAUCGCUCACGUAGACCAUGGCAAAAGCACACUGGCGGAUCGUUUGUUGGAACUAACCGGGGCGAUCACUAAAACGGCUGGUAACAAGCAAGUUCUGGACAGCCUCCAGGUGGAGAAGGAACGAGGUAUUACCGUGAAGGCUCAAACGGCUUCGCUGGUGUAUCGGUAUGAAGGGGAAACCUAUCUGCUGAAUCUGAUUGAUACCCCAGGGCAUGUGGAUUUCGCCAAUGAAGUAUCCCGAUCGCUAGCUGCCUGUGAAGGUGUUAUUUUGCUGGUUGAUGCCAACGAGGGAGUACAAGCGCAGACGGUGGCCAACUUUCACCUGGCAAAAUCGAAGCAACUGGUAAUCGUUCCGGUGCUGAAUAAGAUCGAUUUGAAGAAUGCCCGUCCGGAUGCUGUGACGCAGGAGUUGUUUACAUUGUUUGAAAUCACUCCGGAUCAGGUGCUGCGCAUUUCGGCCAAGGUUGGUACCGGGUGCGAAGACAUUUUGAAAGAGAUUGUAAGGAGGCUGCCAGCACCGGAUCCUCGAAGGGAGGAGAAUUUCCGUGCAUUGAUUUUCGACAGUUGGUUCGAUCGGUAUCGUGGUGCGUUGAACUUGAUCUCUGUGAAAGAUGGAGAGAUUCGGACGGGUCAGGAAAUAGUUUCGUGUCACACGGGGAAGGCUUACGAAGUGAAAAGUUUGACAAUGUUGCGCCCGGACGAGAGGAAGGUUGACAGGCUGGUUGCGGGACAAGUUGGUCUAUUGGGUUGCAAUAUGAGAACUAGCAAGGAGUCCAAUAUUGGAGAUACGUUGUACGCUAAGAAGGACAAGACGUGCGUUCCACUGCCGGGUUUUAAGCCACAACAGCCGAUGGUAUUUGCCGGGGUUUAUCCAGCGGAUCAGUCACAGCAUCCGUACCUGAAGGGUGCCAUUGAGAAGCUGGUACUGAAUGAUUCUGCCGUUACCGUUACUCCGGAUGCUAGUCCAGCGCUAGGGCAAGGCUGGCGAUUAGGUUUCCUAGGAUUGUUGCAUUUGGAUGUGUUUAGCCAAAGGUUGCAGCAGGAGUACGAUGCGGAACCAAUUCUCACAGCACCGUCCGUGACAUACAAGAUCAAAUUGAAGGGAGCUAAGAUCAUUGCUACCCAUGGUGGGUCUGAGGAAAUCCUUGUUAGCAAUCCUGCCCUGUUUCCGGACAAGAUGAUGGUCGAAGAAUACUACGAACCGUACGUGCUAGGGACGAUUAUCGCACCGACCGAGUGCACUGGUCCAAUUAUUGGCCUGUGUGUUGAGAGGAGAGCAGUUCAAAAGACAUCUAUCAAUAUAGACAACGACCGAAUUAUGACCACAUACCUGAUGCCAUUAAAUGAAAUUGUACUGGAUUUUCACGAUCAACUGAAAUCGAUCAGUUCCGGUUAUGCCAGUUUCGAUUACGAGGAUCAUGGAUUCGUGCCGAGUGCAUUAGUGCGGAUGGAUAUCCUGCUGAACGGUCAACUGGUGGAUGAGUUGUGCACCAUAGUGCACAUCAGUAAGGCACAAAGCCAUGCCAGGCAGUUGGUGUUGAAGCUGAAAGAGCUGAUUCCCAGGCAGAUGGUACAGAUCGCCAUUCAGGCAACGGUUGGCGGAAAAGUAGUGGCUCGGGAGACGCUGAAGGCGUACAGGAAGGAUGUGACGGCAAAGCUGUAUGGCGGUGAUGUGACUCGUCGAAUGAAACUACUCAAGCAGCAAGCAGAUGGCAAAAAGAAGAUGCGUGCGAUUGCUAAUAUCAAUGUUCCUAGGGACACGUUUAUCAAUGUGCUGAAACGAUGAUGUUCGGAGGAUCCGGACGGGUGAGUGCUAGAAAGUUAUUUGUGAAUAA